CGCCGGUAGGUAGUCGUCGCCAUUGCUGCUCGAUGCCUGCCGAUGCGAAUCUCGAAUUUCAGAUGUUUUAAAGUGAAAUGACAAGUUUGGCGUCGCGUAAGCAACAGCAAGAAUACGUUGUGCCGACUAGCAAUUCGCAGGACAUCCAACCGUCCCCGUUGGCGCUCCUGGCCGCUACUUGCAGCAAGAUCGGGUCACCAACGGACGAGGGAGUUUCCCAGGGUGCGUCCCCUGUCAAAGUAGUAGGUCCCAAUCAAGUAAUUCAGUCCGGAGAAAUCAUAGCCACGGCUUCCGGAGCCCAGCUUGUGCCCUUCCAGCCCCAGACUGUCGGAGUCCUGAAUCCUGACGGAACUGUCACACAGGUCACGGGUGUCAACCAGCAAACUGCUGCAGCCAACAAUGUCCAUGUCUCGGGCAACGUGGGUUCUCUUAAAGGCCUUCCCUCCGUAGCCACCGCGCAAAAUGUUGCCUCAGUCAAUGGUCAAGUCUUCCCCCAAGGCGCCCAGAUCGUGACCGGAGGUCCGGGCAACAUCACCUACAAUGUUAUUCCUGCGCAGCAAAUACAGAACAUUCAGAUUGAUGGCCAGGAUGCUAUUUACAUUCCUGCUGUCCCACAGACUUUCCAACUCGCAGGAAAUCAAACAAUUUUGACUCCUGGUGGUCAAACCUUCUUGCGAACUCAAGUGCCUACAUCCGUCCAAAAUGGGGCCCAAACCGUUCUCCAUGGCAUGGCAGGUGCUGUUGCCCAACUCGGAGGACAAAAUGUCACCAUUCGACAAGGCAAUGUGGUUCAAGCUCUGCAAUUACCCAUGCCCAUACAACAGACUAUACCAGUUCAAGUGCCUAUUUCAGCUGCUGGUGGACAUACUGUUUUACAGACAAUUCAUGUACCCAUUCAAACAGUUCAGGGUAUUCCAGGAGGUAAUGUCUUGCAAUCACAAGGACAACCUAUUACAGUCAAUGUCCCUGCUCAUAUGUUGUCGCAGUUAACUUCACAGAUGGGGCCAAUUGCACAGAUUGCUGGCCAAGCACAAGGGCAAGUUCAACAAAUCCAAGUUGCAGCUCCUGUUCACAUGUCCCAAGCAAAUUCACAGCCAACAACUUCAACUACUUGGACAACUUCUAGCGGAACAUCGGUUAUUUCUUCUUCUGAAGUUUCUAACACAAAUCAAGCUCAAUCAGCUGCUGUCACCACUGCUGCAUCUCAAUCAAAUGGAGCUCAACAACAACAACAACAGCAGCAGCAACAACAACAACAGCAGCAACAGCAGCAACAACAGCAGCAGAUGGCACUAACAAACUUUCAAUUGCCUAAUGGGCAAGUUGUUCAAGGACAAGUUAGUCAAAUUAUAACUGGUGGAGGAGGUGCAGCAUGGUGGCCUGCCUCACCAAUAAGCGUUCAAAGUCUUGCUGGGCUCAGGCCUGCUAAUGUAAUUCAGGUACAAGGAUUAUCUGUAGCUGGAUUACAAGGGGUCCAAGUGCAGGGAGGUCAAGCGCAACAAAUAAUUGCAAAUGCCCAAACUCUUCAAAGCUUAGGUUUGGGACCAAAUGUUAUAACUGCUAAUGCAGUAUCUGCUACUGCAGCACACCAGCAACAAAUUCCACCCUUGAGUCCUAUACAAACUGUUCAUCCGCAGAUAAUAACACAACAACUUCAGCAAGAUCCUAAUGAUCCAACAAAGUGGCAAGUUGUUGCAACAGCAACAAACCCUACUUUAAAUACUGCUCAACAGCAGGCACAAAGUAGUGCAUCAAACCCUGCUGCUACUUCCACCACUUCUACUUCAACUGAGUCACCAUCAUCUAAUUCAGAUAUAGGUUCUGGUAGAAGAAUGCGCAGGGUUGCAUGUACAUGUCCUAACUGUCGAGAUUCUGAUGGAAGGAACAACGAGUCAAAGAAGAAACAACAUAUCUGUCAUGUACCAGGAUGCAACAAAGUUUACGGUAAAACAUCCCACUUACGAGCCCAUCUGAGGUGGCACACUGGCGAGAGACCUUUUGUUUGCAGUUGGAUGUUUUGUGGCAAAAGAUUUACUCGUUCAGAUGAGCUUCAACGUCAUAGAAGGACUCACACAGGGGAGAAGAGAUUUCAGUGUGCUGAAUGUCUAAAAAGAUUCAUGCGCAGUGAUCAUCUCUCUAAACAUCUAAAAACUCAUCAGACUAAGAAAAGUAUGACGCCCAGUGAAAUGAUGGAAGGUGAAAUGACAGACGACAUGGCUCCAGAUAGUUGCGAUUUAAAUAUGACUGUAGAUAUUGAAGAACCAGAUCUUUCCAUAAAUGAAAAUGUUGUUGAAAGUUCACAGAGCAUGAACUAAGAUGUUUUUAUACUAGGAUUAUGAGUAUCAAGCUUUUAAAGCGUAAAUGUGUAAAAAGAAAUUGUUCAAGUAUUUGGGCAACUCUCGAAAAAAUGUCCUGUGUGUAAUGCAAAGUUUAUUUUAUUCACAGGGGUCUGGCCAGAGGAUUUUUGGGUCCGUUAACGGACCCUUCACAAAAAUCCGAUCAACCAAAACGGACCUUUCACAAAAUCCCGAUCAAACAAAACGGACCCUUCACAAAAUUCUGAUAAACAAGAUCGGAUCUUUCACAAAUUGUUUAUUGAAAGAGCAAAUCUGAAAGCAAAAUAACGCAUAUUUCUGUGUAUAAACCGAUAAUUUUUGGAACCUUUUUCGAAGUCAAAUUAGAGGGAUCAGCUUAUGUAAAAUCGGCUAAUUUUGAAAGAAAAAAAAUCGGUACUCUUGCGAUGCUCCUGCAAGCGAUAAAUAAUUGCUACUGCCAAAUAAAUAUAAUGGUUGUUUGUUUGUUUUAUCACAG